AGCUGUUUUCUGUCUUGAGAUACUGGUUAAUGACCGAACCCCUGUGGUAAACAAUCCCGCAUGGAGUUAAUUGGUUAACCCACGGUACCCCGGCUGUCCAACGUCCCUCGUUUAAGCGGAGUAAAUUUUUACGACGUACUGCCUUAAAAAGGGUGUCGUCACAAUGCCGAAAGCUUGCAAGGAGAAGAAGUACAGAAUACAUAAGGAGGUGUGCAAAGUCAGCACCAAGGCAGGAAUAAAGGGAGCAAAGCCUGCCUCUGGUGCAGUAUCACAAGGUCUGGUUUUCAACACAGACCUGGGCCAGCAUGUUUUAAAGAAUCCUUUAAUUAUAACUGCCAUGGUUGAGAAGGCAGGAUUGAAAACUACAGAUACAGUACUCGAGGUUGGUCCAGGUACAGGAAACGUUACAACCAAGUUGUUAGAGCGUGUGAAGAGAGUCGUAGCCUGUGAAGUAGACCCUCGUAUGAUAGCUGAAUUACAGAAGCGGUUUAUAGCUACUCCAUUUCAUUCAAAACUAGACAUUAGAAUAGGAGAUGUUUUGAAAGCUGAUCUCCCAACAUUUGAUGUUUGUGUUGCAAAUUUGCCAUAUCAGAUUUCAUCGCCAUUCAUCUUUAAGUUAUUACUACAUCGGCCAGUGUUUCGAUGUGCAAUACUUAUGUUCCAACAAGAAUUUGCUGAGCGUCUCAUUGCCAAACCGGGUGACAAACUUUAUUGUAGGUUAACAGUCAACACACAACUACUAGCAAAGGUGGAUCACCUCAUGAAAGUUGGCAAGAAUAAUUUCAGACCUCCCCCUAAGGUCGAAUCAUCUGUGGUGAGAGUUGAACCAAAGAACCCAGUUCCAAACAUCAAUUUUAAUGAGUGGGAUGGCCUCCUUCGGAUAGUUUUUGUCAGAAAAAACAAGACUUUGUUAGCCAACUUCAAGCAGAGUUCAGUUACUCAGACACUGGAAAAGAAUUACAAGACAUGGUGUUCCCUUCGAGAGAAGAAAAUUCCUGAAGACUUUUGCAUCAAGAAGAAAGUUGAGGACAUCCUUGUUGAUAGUGAGUUUGAUAAGAAACGAGCACGGCAUAUGGACCAGGACGAUUUUUUAGCGCUGCUGCAUGCCUUCAAUAAGGAAGAUAUACAUUUUGUUUAAGAGUAAUACUAUUUAGUUGCUUUAAUUUUUUUCAUGGUCACCUGUUGUUGAUUAGUGGUAUACUAGAUUAAUAUAUUUAAUUUUUUUCAUGGUCACCUAUUGUUGAUCAGUGGUAGUUAGAAUGAUAUUGAUAUUAGUCACUGUGCUUCCUGAAUCCUUGUUAUUAAUGAACAUGGUUAUUUAUAAUGUAUUUAUACGAAAGUCACAAAAUGUGUAUAGUGUAAGUUAUGGAAUGCUGUUUUUGGAGUAUUGUCUGAUUUGGAUAGUGAAAAAAUAGGUACAGACUGUUCAUAGUAUUCUUGAGGUAAAAUGACUGCUUUUCAGUCCACAAUCUCUUGUUCUUUCUGGCUUCGUAGCUCUAUGGUAAGUGCACUUAGCUUACAAUCAGGGACAAGUGUGACUCUUAAACCAGACAAGGAGGGAAGAAUGGGUGUGUUCCCUGAAAUCCAAUAUGCAUUUGUUGGCGUAAGCAGUGGAAUAGGUACCUAAUGUUAGUCAGCCAUGGUGGCUUGCAGCUAGGGAAAAAAGACAGACUGAAGAGGGAAAGAACACUAGAUGCAAGUGUUAAUUACUACAUCAAAUGUAUACAAUUAAAAUGAAAGGGUCUUAGCACCCCACUAGGGUGAAAUCAUUUAUCAGAAAUUUAUUAUCUCUUUUAUUUUUCCCUAUCUUCCUCUCCACUAAGUUGUUAUAGAUGGGACCAGUAAUUUUAUUUUUUUAUAAUAUAAAAAGCGUUUUCUUGCUUCUAUGUUCUUUCCUGUCAUAGGUUAUGGAAAACAGAAGUAUGAUAGGUUUAUAAGGUUUUCAUAUUUUACUAAAAUCUUGUAUUUAAUGAGGCCCAUUUAUGAUUUUUAGAUUUUAGAAAAUUGGUGACUCAAAGUUUUUGGUAUUAGUAGAUUAUAUUAAAAAGCUUUAGCUUGGUUUUUAAUGGAUUGCUCUUGUUUCUUAUAAAGCAUUUUGCUUAUCAUCAUCAGCAUAAUCAUCAUCAUCAUAUCUCUACUGUUUUUUCUGGUCCUUCAUUCUAACCUGUCUUGCUACUUCCGCACUUACAAACCUUCAGACUUACUGCUUCACUUUUCAGUAGUUGCCCAAGCCAUCUCAGUCGCUAAGUUUUCUAUCUUUAUCAGACUUGAAUAUGGAUAGUGAUAGUAAUGGAGGCUCAUAGAAUAAUUCUAAUUUAAAUCAAAUUUGAAGAUAUAUGACUCUUGAACUGGCAUUGGUCAUAAUAAAGGCUAAAUUGUAAUUAACACAGACUUUCGUAAUGUAAAAUGUCAUUUGCGGAGAGUAAUUGAAAAAUUGAUUAGAAGUACAUUUGCUUAUGUCAUCCGGUGUAUGAUGUACAUAGCUUGUCUAGGGAAAGCCCAACCGAAAAAAACACAAAGAAAUCGUACAUAAACCUUUUCAAGUUUCAGCCACUUGCUAAUUCAGUCUGUAUGUGUGAACCUAACAUUUAUUAUCUAGCAAAACAAGUAGUACUUGCCAUGAGUUGCAUAAAGCUACAGUACCUGUAUUUUUUAUGACUGAAUAUUAAUUUUCAGUCAUAAAAAAUACAGUUACUGUAGCUUUAUGCAACUCAUGGCAAGUAGUACUACUUGUUUUGCUAGAUAAUAAACGUUAGGUUCACACAUAUAGACUGAACUAGCAAGUGGCUGAAACUUGAAAAGGUUUAUGUACGAUUUCUUUAAGCGAUGAAUUGGUCUUAUUCAUUGUAUACUCUUUGCUUCACAGUUCAUCUGCUGUUCCUGCAAUACAAUUCUUGUAUUGCUACCAAUAGUAGUGAUAUUCUUUCAUAACAUCUUGAAAGUUAGGUAUUUGUAGCUUUAUUCAUCAUGUACAUUUAUAUUGAAUGGUUCUUUUAGAUGGUGAAUUGGUUAUUGUACUAAUUUAGUAUUGCUAAUUCAAGGUAUGUGUCGCAUGAAAGGAAAAGUACAGUACUGUAUUCAUAAGUGUUGGCUAAGUAUUAUUAUUUAACUUUAUUAAGUGUCAAGAGCAGUAGAUUUUGGUAUAUAAAUGAUACAUUACCAUUUUUAUAUUUAUUUAAUGUUAGCUUUGUAUCAGUUUGCUUUAGUAUCUAGAUGACACCAUCAGUAUAGUGAGAGUGAAAGUUUGUAAAUCAUCCAUAAGCAUUUUUUUUUUUGUCAGCUUUAUGCUUUCUGCUUGGACUUCUAUCUGGUCUAGGUUGCUAUGUAUCCCCUUCUCUCCUGAUAUCCUUACCCUUCUUACAGGUCUUGUCUGGUUACUUCCAUAUCUGUUGUUUCUCUGAUCAACCAUUACUCAAGCCCACUUAUUUCCAAACCAUCCCAAUCUUUGAUUUCAGUCUUUUUUGCAGCUUCUUGAUGCAGUUCAAAAUUCAUUAUCCAAUCUUCCCACCGCCCUUGUCAAUGCUCAUGUUUGGAAAUUUGUAAACUUGAAUUAUAUACAGAUUGUGAAUCUCACCUGUGAUGUUGAUUGCCAAAACGAUGGCAUGGAUACUGGAAGACUGUAAACAUUAUUUUUACAAAUAAAUAGAAAAAUAAUUCAACUGUUGUUGUAUAAAAAGCUGUUUGGGACUGAUGUAAAUUGUAGAUUUUUAAUUAAUUUCAUUGUUUGCAAUCUUAUUGCACUGAGGCUCAGUGAUCCACCUUUACAAAGUACUCGAUGGAGGUAAUGUGCUGGAAAGUACAGGAGACAGUUGCAGUUUUAUCGUAGAAAUGACGGGUUUUGUCUGGAACCACAUUAAAAAUCUCUCGGUACACCUCAUGCAGUGCACUAUUGGCAUUACUUGUGGUUCUUUGCAGCAUCAGGCCUUAGGUAUAACCCCUUUCAUUCCUUUUACUAUACCUCUGUUCAUAUUCAAUUCCUUCAACCUCUUUCAUUCCUUUUUACUAUACCUCCAUUCAUAUUCUCUUCCUUCCAUCUGACUUUCAACCCUCUCCUAAGAGUUGUUUCAUAGUGCAACUGCAAAGUUGAAUUCAUGUUGCACCAUUCAAACAUUCUUACUCUCAAUUUCCCUGUCAGCACAAUGACCUUAUAGGUUCUGGCACUUGGCCUUUGGUUUAAAUUUUUUUUAUAAGAGAACCUUAGUUUUCUGGUAUAUAUUCAAGUAGGACAUUGUAAUGUAUGGUAUAGUGGCAUAAUUUUCCAAAGAUGGAAUUGGAUGUGAUUGCUCUCUGAUAUGUAUGUUCAGUAUUGCUUAUCACUUGCAAAUUACAAUGAUCCAUGACCCCUUGAAUGAGGAAUGCUUCCUGAUAUAUUUCAUCUGUUCCUACCGUAGUCAAUAAUUCUUGUUCAAGUUGGAAAUGAUACAACCUAGAGGCCUUUCAUCCAAAAAGUGGAAAUGCUUAUCAAUGCAUCCAGCUAUAUUUGCUGUCUGAAAAGGCUAUGAAGAGUGACAUAAUGGGCUAUUUGCCUUAUUGCAAAGUCUAGAAACAUCAAUUUCUAAUGAUAAAAGUGCAUGAGACCUGGUAUAUUACAAUAUUCUUUUUAUCUCAGUGGCUCCCAUAUGGUUUAAAUUUGCUAUUUGACUACUUUCUGGUAAGUCAUUUCUAAUCAUAAGGUUUUAUCAUGAUUUCCCUUUUAUGCUGCUUGCAAGUUGAAGGGUUUUGCAGUUCAGAAUUGUCAUCGAAAUCAGUGGAACUGUAGAGUACUGAUUAGUUGAGGUACAAAGUGUCAGAGGUGAUUUUUACGUCUUCAAAAGGGCAUUGUUGAUAUCUCUAGUGACAUCAGCUUUGUGAUUUCAUGACACUUUCUGGAUUUGAUUUUGAGUGAAACCUUUGAAAUCCAAUGAGGAAGAAAAUGUAGGUUUCCUUCUCUUGUGGAAAAUGAGUCCCCCCAAAAAAUGAGGAAAUCAAGAAGUGAAGAGGUUUCUUUUGAUUAAGAAUGUUUCUAGUAAAUGUAACCAACAGGUUCUAUAUACAAUACUCUCCAGAUAUUUUUAUUUUUAUUAAUUAUUAUUAUCGCUCUCCUUUACUUUCAAGUUUAUACAUUGUACUUUGUAAAGAAAGUGAUCCGUCUCAGUGCACGAAGAACAAUAUAGUAUCUGUAUCUGCAGUGUUUGCUCAUACUCGCCAUUUAUUUAUUUAGGCACUGCAUUUUUUCAUACUCAAGUGAGUUAUGUUGGAAAUUUUUUGCACAUACCGUGUAAAUACAUAUCUGGUAUUUCAGAUUGGUGCUAGUCAUGACAGUUUUUGUUGUGCUUCCUGUUAUGGAAGUGCCGUACUUUGUAUUGUCGGAUCCCGGUUAUUGGUAACUGAGGAGAGGACUGCAGUACACACGAAUGAAUGGUUAUAUCACUGAGAAUGAUUGUUAUGUUUUGGGGUGAAAAAUUUGUUUUUGAAUAGGUCCAUAUAGAAUUUUAGUAUAUAUAAGUGCAUAUAAAUGGAAGUAUUGUACUAUACUUUGCACAAGAAAAAUGGUAAUUUGUAUAAUGUCUUUUCUUGGUCACAGUUUAGUAAGUGCAAAGCUUUGAAAAUGUAUAUUUAGAAUCUAUUAUAGUAUUUUAUAACAUUUCCAGAUAUGGAUUAGAUUUUUUUUGUGGCAAGAAAUUGUAAUGAAAAGUCGGUGAUGACUGAUAUUUAGAUUUAUCGUGAGUGUGGAUUGCAGUGUACUCCUCAUUUAUACAAGAUAACAUUGCGGGUGUUCAUUUAUUAGUUGAUCACCUGGUUGUGAAGACUAUCUUAAUUUAGCAUUGGUUAAGAUAUUACUUGUAGGUUUUCUUGUGAGAUUGGUGAAGCAUUCAUAUUUUAGGAUUGGCAGGAUUGGCAAAGUUUGUAGUUUUUGGUAUGAAAAUGAUAAAAUGUUUUUAGUUCUC